AUGAUCGAUUGUAACGAUUGGGCGGCAAUAUUUACGAAUCUCAAGCGUCAAGCCACACAUUCAACAGACAUUUCGUCCUUUUAUAUUUUUUUUAUUCUUUUGGUUUUGAAGAUCGUUGUUGCCCUUUGCAUUAUCGGCUUUGCCGCUGCUGGAGAAUACGAGAUCCCACACGAUUCCCACCAUCAAGUCGACUACUAUGCACCGCCAAAGUACGAUUUCAACUACGGCGUUCAUGAUGAACACACUGGCGACAUCAAGAGCCAAACAGAAGCCCGCGAUGGUGACGCCGUCCAUGGCCAAUACAGUCUGAUUGAUGCCGAUGGCUUCAAGAGGACCGUUGUCUACACCGCUGAUGACCAUAAUGGCUUUAACGCAGUCGUUCAUCGUGAACCUUUGGGCUAUGAUGCUCAUCACGCACAUUCCAAGGGCUCAGCUUCAUAUCAUUGAUGAUGAGAAAUUUUUAUUGGUUAAAUAUUUUUUGUUCAUAAUGUUUCAUCGCGAUAUCACACCUUCUCAUUUGUUUUAUUUUUAAGUCGAAUUAAUUAAAUAAUAAUAAUCAUACAAAAUAUA